UCCGUUCCGGCCUCGGCAAGUCCGCGUACGCGCCUCGCGUUCGCCGUGGCCGGUAGGCGGCCUGCCGGACCUACGUGGGCCCUCUAGUGUAGCUGCACACAUGCACGCGACAGCAUCUGACCGCCGUCGCAGCCGCAGCCGCAGCCCUCCGAGCUGCUGCCCUCCAACCUGCUGCUGCCGCCGCCGACGACGUCGUCGUCGCGUCAUCUCAUCGCGCGUCAUCUCCUCGCGUAGUCGCCUUAACCCUCACCCUCACCCUCACUCUCACCCUCAUCCUCCUGUUGUUAACUUACCCGAGAAUUCUAAACGAAACCCUUACAAUUGUUCAGUUCUCGAACACGUGUAGUUUGUGAAAAUUUGUUUCUACAAUGACAGCCGUUAUCGGUAUCUCCGAGACCGAGUGACGCUCGACGGAUCGAACACAGUGUGUCUGUUAGUUGGCAAACUUCGCGGGUGUGUUACGUGUUGUCUUCUGAUAAGGUGGACGAGAGAUCGUGCAAGACAGUGGGUGUUUCACGAGAGUGACGCUCAUAGAGUGGUGCUGCAGCCGCAGCCGCGUUUACGAGCUUUCUAUCAGUGGUGGUGUGUUUUAUGUAGUAUACUCUUACUCGCUCGAUGCUAUUAUCUCAUCGAGAAUAACAAAGAGUUAACAAUUGAAAAAUAAUCGAUAGAAGACCACCCGGUAACACGUUGGAUCUCGCGGCGUUGUCUGCUUACGGGGGCGUAUCGGAACCCAGGGUCGCGGUGGCGGGCACUGGGCUUCUCGCGCUACCCGGCUUGAUACCCGAGAAGGGUUUAUCAUCGCCCGGCGGCCAGUCGAAACCAAAUUUCGCAGGGCUGGCGGGUCUCGACAGCGAGGCGGUGCGCCGCUGGGUCGCGGAGGCCGCGCGGAUUCGACAAAUUCCACCUCCGGUAUUGAUACAACCAAGUUCUCAGCCUCCUCUAACGUCACCCCAACAGCAGCAACAACAACAACAACCACAAUCACCGCAACAACAACAACAACAACAAACACAACAACAGCGGCAACAGCAACAGCAACAGCAUCACAGUCAUCGACAACGGCAGGAAGUCAGCCCACCCUUAGUGGGGCCCACCCCUUUCGUUUUACCAACCUCGAUGACCCAUACACCCAGCAUGCAUCUCUUAGAAAACAACAAUUUAGUGGAGGUUGCGAUGUCACAGCAACAACAACAGCAAUCCCACCAGCAAGUGCAGCAACAACAAAAACAAAAACAGACCAGUCCAACGAAUAACAAUACCAUAGAAGCUUGGAGAUCGAUUCAGGGUAGUCAUCAAUGGUGGAGCACGCCUAGUGCCGUACAUCAGGAACAACAGCAAUCGCAACAACAACAACAACAACAACAACAACAACAUGUAGUACCGAUUGCUCGAGUCAGUCAAACGCAAGCUCUCGUAGCAAGUGCAAUUUGCGAACAGGUGCAAAGGCAUCAGAUCCAUUCGGAGAUCGAUCAACCUUUAGAUUUUUCCGUCGGAACUCUACAACAACAUAGGCUACAAUCGCGAGUUAGGAUUAUGCACGAGAGAUUACAGAACAGGAUCACUGACAACAACAACGGUACAGUCAACACACAAAAAAUCAGGGUAUCUGGUAGUAGACGAAGUUACAGCCCCAGCGAGGCUAGUACCAGUAGUAGCGAAGACGAGGGUGUUUCCACUGGGGGUAGUCCGCCAGGACCCCUAAGAGAUAUCGAGAAUGAUUCGUGCGAGCUGCUUGUGGAGCGACCUUACGGUAAAAUUUGGCUGGGCGAUAACGAGAUCGCGUCGAGAACAGAACAAUCCUUCAAGAGAAUUUCUCCUUUGAAUGCUUGUGCAACAACUACGACGACAACGACGACGACGACGACAGGUGGUGGAGCACAGAUACACCCUCACCUGUCACCGCCCAUAGCUGCUCCUGUGACAACUCCUGAUCACAGAAGUCCGACCAGUCUUCACACCAAACUUGCCAUCUCACCUGCCAGCGAUGCGCUCGGCCGAAUCGAUAAGGAGCCAGCCUCGCCGGAAUCCAUACAAGAUGCGGAUUUACAUGCUGAGGUUGAAGGAGUCGAACUUAGUGGAGAUGAUCGAAGUAUCACAAGCGAUAUUCAAGAUGUCACCGACGCGAAUCUCGAUCACGAUUCGAUGGAUUCGGAUAGGGAAGCUCUUAAUUUGGUUACUGAUGUAUCACAUCGUAAUAGCAGUAGUGGUACCAGCGGUAGCUCAUCUUCGCCAAGUUCUGGUGUGAGUAGUCAAUUGACUGGUACGCAUCAACAACAGCAGCAACAACAGCAGCAGCAACAACAACAGCAGCAACAACAUCAACAACAACAACAACAACUGCAACACACUGGCACGCCAAAUAAUGGAAGCUCGCAAGCUGCGCUGGCAGCUCAAUUCGUCAGCCAACAAUUGUUAAUGCAUGGAUCCCUCGGUACUCUUAGACCUCAAGAGAUUCAAGCUAUUGCAUCGUCUUUACAACAGCAACAGCAAUCGUUACAACAACAAUUGCAACAAUUUGCUAUGUUUCAACAAGCCAAUCCGGCAGCGGCUGGGCAACAAGCACAAUUUUUCUUACAAAAUCAAGUACAACACGCCGUAGCACAAGCAGCCCAACAGUUACAAGCCAUACAAAAACAACAGGCACUUCAAGGUGGAGGUGGAUUGGUCGGUAGAAAUUUAACGCAACAAAGAUCACCACCACCUCCUGGUACACCACCGUCAGUAAAACCGCCACCAACAAGAUUGGAACAUUCUCCAGAAGAAACGACGGACCUUGAGGAACUCGAACAAUUUGCUAAGACCUUUAAACAACGACGGAUUAAGCUUGGUUUUACUCAAGGUGAUGUUGGCCUUGCCAUGGGAAAACUCUACGGCAAUGAUUUUUCUCAAACCACUAUUUCAAGGUUCGAAGCGUUAAACCUUUCCUUCAAGAAUAUGUGCAAAUUGAAGCCUCUUCUUCAAAAAUGGUUAGAAGAUGCCGAUAAUUCAUUGAACAAUCCAAAUUCGCUCUCGAAUCCAUUAACGACACCAGAAGCGAUAGGUAGGCGGCGAAAAAAGAGGACUUCCAUAGAAACUAGCGUUAGAGUGGCACUAGAAAAAUCUUUCGUUCAAAAUCCAAAACCUACUUCCGAAGAAAUCACCGUAUUGGCGGAUAGUUUAGCAAUGGAAAAAGAAGUUGUUCGAGUAUGGUUUUGCAACAGGCGACAAAAAGAGAAAAGGAUCAACCCUCCAACGGCAGCAAUGGGGAGCCCGACAAUGGCGUCACCUGCGCCAUCAGUUUUUGCUUCUCUUACGAAUUCGAUGUCUGCUACUCCUUUAGCUCUCACUGCACAUUCCUCGGGAAUGGGUCAUACCCAUUCACAUUCCACGUCAUUGGGAUCGCCUCUUCCCUUGGCCUUAGUGGCAUCACCCAGUGGAAAUUACCAUCCAUUGAGUGGGAAAUCUCACGAGUGACAACAACAGACGACCCAUCAAGGGGAAAGUCUUUACCAUCAUCGCGAUCAACAGCAGAAACAACACCAGCACCAACAACACCAACAACAACAACAACA